GUCACUUUUUCUCAAUUCUAUUUUCUCAUAAUUACUAUCAAUCGACUAGCCAGUACCAGAGUUUAUCCUUCUUCCCUACCGCCCCUCACUCUUAUACCUACUAUACCCAUCUCUCUGGGGAAAAUAACUUGAUCAACUACAUCUCUCUCUCUCUCUCUCUCUCUCUCUCUCUCUCUCAACAACGCACAUCACACAGCCAUGGCUUCUUCAACACCCAAAACACAACACACUCAUAAUAAUCGCUCUACAGAAUGGACGAGCGAGAUGCGCGAUAGGCAAGCCCGUGGGAAGAAUCCCUACGUCGAAGAAAGCGACGCAAGUGAUGCUGAACCCAUGCGGCUUGGAGGUCACAUCGCGGAAUCACACAUGGAGAGAGAACGAAGAGGAGAAGCCAUGUUUGUGCUUGACAACCCAGAAGCACUCAUGGCUCACGCGCAAGCCAGCGGCGACAGCAUCGCUGGACAACGCCUCCGCUUCAUGCGCCAACUAUGUGGCUUCGACAAUGACAAGUACGACGACACAUCUACUUCAAGUUCUUCAACUCGGAACACGAAACGGCGAGUAAGCGACCGGGUCAAUCGAUAGUGCAGUGACACACCCCUGUUGAUGUUGAUGAUGUUGCUCACAUGGUCAUGGAUAAUGACAUUCCAGGGCUUAGGCGAGCAACUGGUCAUUGGCCUGUUGGAAAUGAUUGUGUAACAAAGGUCCAACUACGAUCUUUUGAAUGGCCCGGCAUGUGAUUAGGUUCAAGGAGAUGCCGAAGCUUCUGAUAAGCACCAGAGCUGAAUAGUUGAAACACACUACAUCAGUUGGUUAUGACUGAAAUGAAUCAGGUUUCUUUAUACAGUCACUAUCAGUCAAUAGCAAGACUAAAUUGAACAAACAGGGAUAUUUUGCC